ACGGUGCUUCGUGACGGCAAGAGAGAGAGCAUUAUGAGCACACUCUUUGUCUCCCCAUCCGACAUUGAGAACGGCCAGACCAUCGUCUGCCGAGCUACCAACAAGGCCAUUCCCAAUGGAAAGGAGACCUCUGUCACCAUUGACAUUCAAC